UCCACCGUUGCUAUGGGAAACCUGGUGAAAAGCAGGAAGUGCUGAAUCUACACUGACAGCGGUGCGGAUCUGUGUUUAUCUCUGUAUCAAUGACACUCUGGCGCAAAAACUUAAUCACAGGUAGCUUAUUCGUCUUAACGGAACAGAUAUUCACCACGCAACCCUUCUUCGGAGAGACAUAUGAUAGAGGUUUGAGGGACCUGUGGAGAAAAUGAGUCGAAGCCAGAACCCUGCGCAGAAGGGCCAGGGGACCGCCAGGGCCAGACAGAUGGGAUUGCUGUUGGAUUUUUCUCCUGACGAUGGGCUGGAUGACUCUGGAGGAAAUGAUGAGGAGCUGGAGGCGGAGCUUCUGGCAUUGAUGGGAGGAGGAGGGAGGGCUGGACCAGCGGCCAAGAAACCUGGAGUUAAAGCUCCAGUGCCCUUGGGGGACAUUGAGCGCAUUGCAGCCCAUUGUAUGAAAGACCUGGACGAGGACGGAGACGAUGAAGGUGAUUUAGAGAACGAUGCUGAUCUCUUGGCUGAGCUGAAUGAGGUACUGGAAGAUGAUGAGGAGCAAGUGAUCAGGAAACCUCCUCUGUCACCAGUGCCUCCUCAACGCUCAAAUGCAGCGCCCGCAUCCCAGAAUGCACCUGCCAGCCUGGAGGCUCGCCUGCAAGAGCGCUUGGACAUGUACCAGACGGCCAUCACCAACGCCACGGCUGCGAGGGAGACCAACAAAGCCCAGCGAUACGACCGCGGACUGAAGACUCUACAGUCUAUGUUGGCAACGGUUAAAAAGGGGAAAUCCAUCGAUGAAGAUGAGAUUCCUCCUCCUGUCCCCACCGGUGGAAAACCCUCCGCUGCUCCGCAGGCCGAGCCAAUCAGAGAGCCAGAAAAGCCUGCUCCAGCAAACACACCACCGCAGAAGACCAACAUCAAGCCAGCUCCCUCCAAACCUCAGCUGCUCCUGCCUCCGUCACAGAGAGUGACGGUCGUAACGCCUGAUACACCAGCCAUAUCACCCCUCACACCCGGCCAGCCCAGCACACAGCACUCGGAGCUCAAAGCGAGUAUUUUAAGCAGACAGAGAGAGUAUAAGCUGGCAGCCUUAAAGGCCAAGCAGAGCGGGAACACUGAUCAAGCCAAACAACUCUACCAAGUGUCCAAGAGUCUGGACUUGGUGGUGGAGAGUGUUGACCGAGGGGAGUUUGUGGACCUCAGCUCACUGCCGCCCCCUCCUGGAGAGGUUGAAGAGGUGCGUUCUAACCCUCCUCAGCUGUCCGCUAAACCAGCCGUCCCUCCGGCUUCACCCACUGCUGCCCCAGACACAGCUCUCUCUGCUCCCCGGAGCGUCGCCGAGGCCUUACAGCAGCGCAUGGACAAAUAUAAAGAAGCUGCAGAGAGCGCCAAGAGCAAAGGAGACGAGCGCAAGGCACGCAUGCACCAGCGCAUAAUCAAGCAAUAUCAAGAUGCCAUUAAAGCUCAUAAAGCAGGACGGCCGGUGAAUCUGGCAGAACUUCCUGUUCCACCAGGUUGUCCUCCGCUGCAGGGCACUGAAGGCGGCCGGCAGAACUUCAUGGGCGUUCUGGAGACAGCCAUGAAACUGGCCAAUCAGGACGCAGAUGCCGACGCAGAUGAAGACGAGAGUCCACAGAAGUCAUCAGCUCAGCCUGCCGUUCAGAAAUCCAGAGCUCCUGCUCCUCCGAAAGCCUCGUCCACUGCAGGGACACCCACCGGCUCCACAAACACCCCCAAACCAGGAGGCAAAGCCCAGCAGCAGCUGGAUUUCCUGACCCUACGCAGGCAGCAGUUCGUGAAGGCCGCGCUGCGCUCUAAAGAGAUGAAGGACAUGCAGGGAGCCGCUCAGCACCUGAGGAACGCUAAAGGCCUCGAGCCCAUGAUCACUGCCGCCAAGGCUGGACUUCCUGUGGACAUCAGCAAGGUGCCGGCCGCUCCGGUCCGCGAGGACGACUACAGACUGUCUCAUUCACGCUCGUCCGCUCUCUCUCAGCGCUCAUCUGAGCAGUGCGCUCAACUCAUGGGGCAUCUCAAACAGCAGCACGAGAAAUGCCUGGCGUACUCGCAGCAGUACACUCAUCUGGGGAACGUAGCUGAAACUGCCAGGUUUGAGAAGCUGGCUGAAGAAUGCAUGAGUAAUAUUGAAGUGCUGAAGAAAGCUCACGCUAAAGGAAGUUCAGUUCCUAAAUUCCACACAGAGGAGCGCACCUUCAACUCUGUCAAGAUCUUUCCUAACCUGACGUCCAGUGACAUGGUGCUGACCAUCGUGAAAGGAAUCAACCUGCCUGCUCCUCCAGGAGUCUCAGCCAACGAUCUGGUUACGAGUGUGCACUUUGAGUUCCCGUUCCCCAGCGCGGAAGAAGCUCAGAGAGACAAAACCAGCACUGUGAGAAACUCCAGCUGCCCAGAGUUUCAGGAGGAGUUCAAGCUGAACAUCAAGAGAGAUCACCGAGGCUUUAAGAGAGUGGUUCAGGCCAAAGGCAUCAAGUUUGAGGUCAUACACAAAGGCGGUCUCUUCAAGACAGAUAAAGUGGUGGGAAGUGCUCAGCUGAAGCUGGAAGCUCUGGAGAACCAGUGUGAGAUCCGAGAGAUUAUAGACGUGUUGGACGGACGGAAGGCCACGGGAGGGAAGCUGGAGGUGCUUGUGAAGAUCCGUGAGCCUCUGUCUGGAGUUCAGCUGCAGCCGGUGACGGAGAAAUGGCUCAUCAUCGACCCGCUCACACCUUCACCUGAGAAAGACCGAGAGCGGGAGAAAAGCAGCGAAAAGGAACGGGCUUCUUCUCCGAGAUCCAAACCCAGAAACGAUCACGACAAGAACUCUAAACCGAGCUCGUCUCCUCCACAGUAUAAAAUGCACAGCUUCAGUCUGCUUCACCACGACAAAGAGAGACUGGACUGGAAGAUCAACGAUUAUAAGAAGAACAGACAAGACGCGUCAGAGCUGAUCAAGCAGCACAUGGACAUCUGUCAGCGACUGCAGUGGCAGAAAUCAUAUCUGGAGAGACAUCCAGCAGCACUGACAGAAUAUGAAAAUGUGCUUCAGAAGUUUGUCAAUGGGCUCUCGGAUUCAAUCAAAAUGUUUUCCAGCCAAGGCAACAGGGAUGCAGCAAAAGACGCACUCGGCCGCCUGAGGAUGGUAGAGAACGAGCUGGAGUCGGUCAGGAAAAAGCGUGCUGUCAGACAGUGAAGGAGUGCGCUGAGGGACGUGACUGUCUGCUGGAAAACAUCUGAAAUCAUGAGAAUAAAAGCAGAUCGUGACAGAUGUAUCA